GAUGCAGAGUGUUAUUCCUGUGACCAUGUUAAUGAAACAGAGCAAUGUAACCAGACCCGAGUUUGUGAUAAAGGGGAGGUUUGUUAUACAGUAGAAACACUUGAUUUCAAACUUCAACAUGGAUACAGAAUGGGAUGUCUACAUCACAAGAUAUGUGACUCUCUUGAAACACAAGCAGGCUCGGUUUUUGGUCGACGAUCUGAUAACAUCGAACUGUCCUUAACAGGUGGUUGUUGUCAUGGAAACCUUUGUAAUCACCAUAAAUUGGUUCCCAUCUCCACAACAACCAGUGCACCAACGACAAAGGUCCCAUGUCGAAACUUAGAUUCUAGGUGCACUGACUUUAGUUUUAUAUCCUCCAUUUGCUUAGAUCAAAGCAGUGCAAGAUUAUGCCCCCAUGUUUGUGGACUUUGUUGAAUUAAAUUAU